AGAAACAUUUGUCUAGCCUCAUCUCAACAAUACUGUAUAAAUACCCAGUGCACACAGGACAAUUUUAUAUCUCUCUACUCCUUUCAGACACUAAUCCUGCUACAAUAUACAAUGUUCCUAGGCUCUGUGCUGAAGCAAUUAAAAUCCAUCAGAUGAUCAACUGUGCUUCAAACCAAUUUUAAUGAGCAUUUAAUUUGAGAGUGUUUUGUAUUAUGAUAGAUUUAGAUAGGCAUAUAUUAAUUUUUAAGGAUUUUUUAAAUACUUUUCAAUAGUUUUUUAGGUUUUUGCUUAUAUAUACAUAUUUUGGGAGCAUAGAUCUAGAGGGGAUCUGAUUAAGAAAGAAUAAUACAGAGUUAAUAUAGGAAUAUAGAAAUGUUAACUUUGUGAAUGUUCAUACAUUACACUAACCAUGAUUUACAUGCCUACUAUUUGUUAGACACUAUUAACAAGGUUGCAUAAUAUUUAGUGAACUAACUGUACUGUUUAGAGAUGUUUAUGGUCAAAACUAUACAAAUCACAUAAUAGCUUAGUAUGAUUUAUCAAUCCAGCCUUAAAGCCAAUACCUGGAACAACCAGCACAUCCUUGAUGUUGUACAAAUUGGCAUCUUGCUCUCUUUUGUAGGAUGAACACAAUGUGCUUUUAUGUUAACUCUAUAUUGAACAAGAUUUAUAUGUCCUAUCCAGGAACAUACUAUUUUCCAAAAUAUAAUUGUUAAUACUUAAUUUGAAAUGGGGACGGUGGAUUAAUCUCCAUCUAUCCUAGUCAAGGAUGUCUGUGAUUGCCCUCUGAUGUGUGUCCCCAAUUAAUCGGAAACAGUGUUUCCUGGUCGGUACAUCAGUCUUGGGCUUCCUGGCUUUCUCUGCCAAUCGCUGUCUGUGGUGCUGAAACAGAGCCCACAAAUAAGCUGCUUCCUCUCCGCUGCUUGGAAGCAGGAGGGAUAUUCCCUCUACACACUGUAGUGUCUACAGGGCGGGAAUGCCAACUUCUUGGAAAACACCAGAUAUGUAGGAUGUUGGGAGAGGAAGAACAGCAGCAGCAGCAGCAGCAGCAGCAACUAAGGCUAAGCAAGCACUCUUCAGGCUCCAGCACCUCCCACCGAGCUGUUCAGCAUUGAAACAAAUAGCCUUUCUUGCAAAUGGUCAUCUGAGCAUCUGGAGCUGGGGCAAAGAGUCACGGGAAAGGGAAGAGGUGCUUCACAGAAUCUUGAUCUAUCAGGGAGGUGGAAAGCCAACCUUGCAGCCCCUCUUCCUUGGAUUCAGCUUUCCUAUGUGCUGCUCCUCAUUAAAGUUCCUGGAGUGAGAAGGCAAUUGUUUUCUGUUUGAUCCUGAACUUCAAGGCAUGUCUUACAAGACAUAGCCAUCUCUCUGUGAAGCCAUGGCAAAGAUGCUUCCAGCACAGGAAGCGGCAAAGAUCUAUCAUACCAACUACGUGAGGAAUGCUCGAGCCAUGGGAGUUUUGUGGGCACUGUUCACCCUCUGCUUUGCUGUGAUCAUGGUGGUAACUUUCAUCCAGCCCUAUUGGAUUGGAGACAGCAUUGAUACUCCACAAGCUGGUUAUUUUGGCCUCUAUUCCUAUUGCAUUGGAAAUGCCCUGACUGGUGAACUCAUCUGCAAGGGCAGCCCUCUGGACUUUGGCACCAUCCCUUCAAGUGCUUUCAAAACAGCCAUGUUUUUUGUGGGCAUUUCUACCUUCCUUAUAAUUGGCUGCAUCCUCUGCUUCAGCCUCUUCUUCUUCUGCAAUGCAGCCACUGUCUACAAAGUGUGUGCUUGGAUGCAACUGGCAGCAUGUGCGGGCUUGUCCAUUGGCUGCCUGCUCUACCCUGAUGGCUGGGACUCCCCUGAGGUGAAACGCAUGUGUGGAGAGAAGACUGACAAAUACACCCUGGGAGUCUGCACUGUGCGCUGGGCAUAUAUCCUUUGCAUCAUCGGCAUUCUUGAUGCCUUCAUCCUUUCUUUUUUAGCAUUUGUGCUUGGCAACCGGCAAGACAAUCUUCUACCCUCUGAUUUUCAAGUGGAAAACAAAGAGGAAGCAAAUAAAUGAAGAUGAAUACUGAAGAAAUCGCAAGUGUACUUACUUCUGCCCUUGAAUACUGAGCACCCCACUUGACUUUGAACUCAGAUAAGCUACUUGGCACACAUGAAUGCUAAUGUGGAUUCUGCCAGCUAUCUAGACACAUCAGUCUGUAUUAUAGAAGAACGAUUCUGCAAAAUAGUGCGCUUUUCCAGAAAAGGCGACUAUGACAAAGUAAAUUUUGUUCAGCAUGACAUUAAUUGGUUUUGAUCUCCACAUCCUGUUUGCAAUGUUUUGUACGUUGUUCUAUAACUGUGGGGCCCAAUAUAUAUGGAUAAUUAAUAAUAGACCUCAAAACAUUUUGCUGAAUUAAAUAUUGCAUCCAUUCAGCCAGUUUAAUAUUACUUAUAACGGGCAUAUGCUGCCCUGCAAACUCUACUUCAGGAAAAUGUAACCCUUUAGGUCUUGUGAGUCCUGUGUAAGUUAAAAUGUCUAUGUAGCACAUAUGGCAACUGCCCAAGCCUUCUCAUCAGAAUUGUAUUUUUUUUUCAGGCUUGUUAAGAUACAUGAAUUGACAUAAUCAUGGGAUUUUGCUUUCCUUAAACCAAUGGAGUACAGUCCCCAUUAAUUCAUUGGUCCAGUUAAUAUGAACCAAAAAAAGUUAGGUUGUAUAUAGGAGUUACAACUUGGAGCUUUUGGACCAAGAUAUUAUUCAGGAUUACUGUUUGCACUUCAAUCAAGGGGGUAAUAGUAUAUUUGUAUAUACACACACACACACACACACACACACAAACCCUGUGACAUAGAGACCACCCCCAUCCCAGUGCAUGCUGCUCUUAUCUUUUUAUAAUGGUCAGUUUCAGGGAUGACCAUAUCCCUGUGACACCAUUCUUCUGGAUUGUUACAUUUCAAAGUUAUCAUUUGUAACAGAGAUUUAAUUAAAUGGCUCUGAUUACUAUGCCUUUGCAUAGAAACACCUUUACACUGUGCCUUUUUUCAAAUGUUGCUGAUGUGCAUCUUACACGACCCUUUGUCUUAUUCUCUCUCCUAUUAACCCAUCUUCAACAAUGUGUCUAUCACUUAAUGGGAUUUUUUUGAAACAUCAUGAUGGGGAGCACUUGUCAGUUUUCCCAGGAAAUUGGGAAUGUUUUGAGAACUGUUCUACUAUCUUCUUGAUGUUAUAUAGUCAAUCAGCCUGGUUCUAUUCUGGUUCAAAUGGAGUCUCUCUUAUGCAGGUUUGACUUACUCAGAGUGUCUUAGAUUAGUGCCUAAUCUAAAUUAUUCCCAUGGCACCACUGUUUUAUCUAUGCACUGGAACUGCCAACCUGUCCUUUUAGCUGAUUCAUGGAACAGAUGUUUUUAAGGAUGCUUAAGCAGCCCUGGACCUUAAUAUGCAUUUAGUUGCCUACAUUUGGUUUUCAGAAUUGGCCGAUUACUGAAAUAUCAUUAAUUUUAAUGUGGACUGCUGCUUUUGGUACUAUCCAACAGCUUCUCUGCACAGUAUGCUAUGUCCACAAGAACUAUAUCUAUCACAUCUAACGCUUGAUUCAUCUACAACCCAAAGCCUGCUGCUCCCUUCAGUAGAACACAAGUUCAUCAUCCAAGGAUUGAAUUCUUCCUAUGAGCACACCUCCCUUUAUCCUUGAAAAGUCCUUUCCCAUUCCCAUUUCACUGACAGCAAGAAAUCCAUUAACCUAGAAAUAAGAUGGUAUAUGUCAGAAGAUCUUAUCUGCAUCUUUCUUCCUAAGGAUGUUCAGCUCAGCUAACUUGGUUUCAAGGGAGACUUGUUGGAAGAAUCAAAAGAUCAUUGCACUAAAUAUAAACUCAAUUAAUGCUCAACUGACAGUCAUACAUAUGACACUCCAAUAAACCAAUACCACUACGCCAGGUGACUUUCUAUCAUCAUAUUCAUUAGUGUUGGCAAUUUUAAAAACACUGAAGCUCCUAACUUAUACUUUUAGAGUUCAGAAUCCUGGCUUUCUCUCACGAUUCACUGGAAAUGGAAGGAUAUUGUUUUACUUCCUCCAUUUGCCUUCAUUUGAGGUUCUGCUGCUUCUCCUGGUUCCUAAAGAGCAUAUGCGGAGGAGCCUAGCAAGAGCUCAAGCAAGUGCAGGCACACACAUUUCAUUAAAAAAAAAAAAAGGAAAAAAUUAGCCUCAGGAAUGAACGGUUUUCCUUAAAUGUAGUUGCAUUUAACUUCCCUGCUUUUUUCUCUCCAACUCACUCUGAUCUAAGGACUGCUCUGAUGAGAAAUUUGGCUAAAAAUAAAGAGCAAAAAAGCCAAAUAACAUUAUAGGAGCUGGAAAUGAAAUAAUUCUCCUUCCUCCUAUCCAUAACUUACAAAACUACAUUUAGCACCCAUAGGAUUUCAUCAGUAGUGCUCGUAUUUAAUUUUUAAACUGACUAGGUUCAAACAAAAUCCUAAACUUUGUGACAGGUUUGCUCUUAUUCUACAUGCCAUUUUAUGCUUAUGCUUAGAGUGUGUAAAUCAUUUAUAUUUCACAGGACUUCUGAUAAGAGCUCUACAACAAAUACUUCAGGUGAACAUAGACAGCAUAUUCAAAGUAUCUGUGGAUUAUUGGAUAAUCUGUUUAUUGUGCUGUAUUUACAAAGAAAAAAAGACAAUACACCCAAUAGAAAGAAUAAAAAUGUAUUUUCCUUCUAGUUUUAGGUCAGCAAAACAAGUACAAAUUGGUUAGUGAGCACUUUAUGGCAAUUUGGAAGUUGAGUGAACCUGAUGUGAACUACGAAGUACGCAGACAAUCCAGACAAGCUACCACUCGUGUUAUCUCAGAACUUCUCUUUUAGUGCAAAAGAGCUGUGAGCAGUCUCCUUCAUUGGAGAACAAGUCUUUAUUACAACCAAGAGAUGCCUCUUGUUCUAGUCCAGGGUAGGCAACCUUGGCUCUUUUAUGACUCGUGGACUUCAACUCCCAGAAUUCUAGAGAGUUGAAGUCCACAAGUCACAAAAGAGCCAAGGUUGCCUACCCGUUCUAGUCAGAUAGCCAGGCUAUGCAAGUGAGGCUACACUGUCACCAGAAGUUCAAUUCUUCUUGCCAAAAUGUCUUCACAGUAUUCAGAAAGGAAAUACAAACAUACAUUCUAGUCCUAUCCUAAAUCUUUUUACAGACAGGCACAGAAGUGCUUUCGGGAGGCAAGAUACCCCAAAUAAUAUGAAUAAAAUUAAAACUUUUGGAACAUUUUUUCCUUUUAAGAUUACGCCCAGAGAACUUUAUUUAAGCUUUUCUAAACAGAAACGAACUUUUUGCUAAAACCCCAGUCUCAGUAGCAUUACCAAAUUAAACAGGAGAUAUGAUGCUUUAUUAACACAUGCUAACCAGAUUUUUUUUUUCAGCAAAGGGGAGCA